GUGCACUUGAAGAAGACGAGAAUUCCGCCUUCGAAGUUGCGCGGUUCCAAUUGCGGGGGAGAAAAAAAGUAUUCCCUACCUGUGAUUUAGAAUGUGUCGCUGAAGGAAAAACUCAACCAAAGAUAGAUUUUUUCUCUCGUGUUGUCCAUGCAUUUCGUUUCCGAAGCUGCCAUCGAAUUGGGUCCGGGUCUUCUUUUUUGCAUUUGGCUUUGAUUUGAUAUCCACGAGCUCUGGUGCAGAUUGUCGCUUGAUCGUGUUCCUGGAUGUGGGUCGUGUUGCAUUUUGUUUUGCGCCUCAGUAGAGCGUGCUAGUUGGCCUGUCGAAGAGUUCAAACCGAUGCUCGGAAGCAUAUGCUGUUGGGUAUGAAAUGGGGGUUUCAGGGUCUAGGGUUGUUGGCCUGUUGGGGAAUAAUUGUGUUGGGGAUGAGUUUUAGAAUGUAGGAGGUUUGUAGACGGGGAUAGAGAUGGGGAUUAAGAGGAGAGGAAAAGGUGUGAACUGGGGGCGUGUUCUUAAACUCGCUGUGUUUUCUCGCCUUCUCGUUUUGAGCUUGUUUGUGUUGUGGAGAACACUUGCUUCGCCUUACGAUACCUCGGCGGCUCUCAAUCCUCCUUGCUUGGAUCCUAACCAAGGCAAUGAAGCGCCGGUAAAGUGGAAGAAUUUAGGUGCUGCGAUCGAGGAGCUAGUUGUGUGGGAUUCAGUCUAUUACGUGCGCAUUGCGGAGUGUGGCUAUGAGUAUGAACAGACGCAUGCUUUCUUUCCGGCUUUGCCGUUGAUGAUUCGUUUUGUGGCGAGGAACAUAUUUAACAGGCUGGACCUGUUGGUAGGCCACAGGGCUACCCUUACUGUCAGCGGCUACGUGAUCACGAAUGUAUCUUUUGUGUUUGCUGCCCUCUACCUUUACAAGUUGACACACUAUGUGGUGGAAAAGGAAGAUCUUGCUUGGAGAGCAGUAUGCUUAUUCUGCUUCAAUCCGGCAUCCGUGUUCUACUCUGCCAUAUAUUCAGAAAGCUUAUUCGCUUUUUGCUCUUUUUGUGGGCUUUGGCAAUUUGUGGCGGGGAGGACGUGGACAGCAGCUCUUCUCUUUGGGCUGUCAAGUGGAGUACGCUCUAAUGGUGUAUUGCAUGCUGGUUUUUUCCUUUUCCAGGCAAUGCACUGCGCUUAUAUCGCAGCAACACAGCAGGGCCGCUGUAUGAGAGCUGUGCUGGCUGUAGUCAAAGCCAUAUUUCAGAGUUUGGUUACAGUCGCUCCGCUGAUAGCAUUUCAAGGAUACGGAUAUUUGCAGCAUUGUGGUUCAUCGAAGGAAGGAACUGAGGAGAUAGCUCGUCCUUGGUGUAAUGCAACAAUUCCUUAUCUAUAUGGCUUUGUCCAAAGCCACUACUGGGAUGUGGGGUUUCUUCGUUAUUUUCAAGUCAAGCAAAUUCCCAAUUUUUUGCUCGCAUCUCCUCUUCUGGUUCUUGCAGCUGCUGCACUUUAUACCUAUGGAAGUUUUCAGCCACGCCUUUUCUUCUCACUUGGGUUUAAUAUCCCUCUCUCGCAGUGGCGGAAGUUGGCUUUGUUGCCUGAGAAUAGUGUUGUGAAGAAACAAGUUAACAAGGAUAACCUUGACGACUCUAGUGCACUUCCCGGGCUCUCUGCUCUUGCUCCAGAAGUUGUUCAAGAACUACGACAUCGCCGUGGAAUCAAGGCCGAUAUUAAUGUAGAGAAGUCGUAUGCUGAGGACAGUGUAAACAGCUUUGAGGGUUUCUACUCUCCAGCAGCUGUCUGCUUUUUGAUACAAAUGGCAGUUAUGGUCUUUGUUGCCACAUGCAUCAUGCAUGUUCAGGUGGCUACGAGGUUUUUAUCGGUAUGUCCACCUAUUUAUUGGUAUGCUGCGCAUCUUAUGAAGAGCUCGGUGAAGGAGAUCUCGAUUGGGCGCAUUAUAUGGACGUACUAUUUGAGCUUUCUCGGCCUUGGCUCCCUUCUGUUCAUUAAUUUCUACCCAUUUACUUGAUACAUUCUCAGGCAUUAUGGUUACAACUCUAGUGCCUCCACUGACUGUCUCUGGCCUAGGUUCUCAGAAGCAGGUUCUGCAAGUGCUUUUUCUUUUGAUUCUCAUAUGAAAGGAGUUGCAUGUAGAAAUCAAGGCAGCCUAUUCUAUUGCCGAUGGAGCAAACUGAAACUGUUAUCACUUGUUCAAUAUUUCGAAUCUAGAUCUGAAAUCAGUUAUAGCAGAUACAAAAUGUAUAAUCCACUCAUAAUUUAUUUUUUCAUUUACUUAUAUUUUUGAUUCAACA